AUGCUGGGCUUUGUCGUUCCUGAGGUCCUCACCUGCAACUCUUCGUUGCCUUGGAGCUCAUAUCUCCGCGCAGUAAGGUCAGCAGUGGAGUCCAGUGUUUUUCCACAGGAGCCGUUUGAGGAAUCUGUGGCGAUUUUUCAUUUUUGGAGAGGUCGUGCAGUUUCUGCUGUGCAAGAGUUGGAGUUCUUCGGUAAAAAAGCUGAGGGCAAAGAUGCUCCCAAAGAUUCUUGUUUGCACGGCCUGGUCACCGCAUUGCAGGUGCUUGGUGCAAGAAGCAAUGGCCGUGAGCGGAGACAGCUGUUGGCACUGGCAGAGGAUUUGUUGUAUUUUGGUUCCACUGACGUCUUGUCUUCGUCGCCCUGGCCAGCCAGGAGAGGAGACAUUCUGAAGAACUUGUUGGUGCCACUGCCUGCAGAAGGAGAGGUCGAAUCCUGGCAGCCCUUCUCUUGGAGUCCCGUUCAGCCAGAGAAGCUUCCUUUUGUAUGGCCACCGGCGGCAAAGACAAGCGACGGCAGCGGCGUUGAGAUGAACGUGCAGCGAUUCCGUCUUUGGCUUACAGAUCAGCAUAGCGUAGUGUCGGGAGAGAUUGCCUACCUCUUCACAAACUACUUGAAGCGCUUUCGAGUGAAAGUGGAGAAGCAAAGCGUCAGUCUUUACUGCCGUUUUCACCAGGUUUGCUUCAGCGACGGCCGUGUUGCAGCCCUGCUACGACACCCCAGAAUCUACGAAAUUCGUCCCGGUGCUGGUUUCCUGGAUGGCUUCGAACAAGUGGAAAAUGUUGGUCGGGACAUGGACCACAUUGCGCGAGAGUUCUACCAUUUGUUCCGUAGUCCCUUGCGCACUGUGGAUGCCUUCUUGUGUUCCAUACCAAUCUUUUGGUGUCAGCUGUACCAACACUUCCGAAAGCCCAUCCUCGGAGUCAUGGACCAGCCCAUUUUCUUGUUCGUGCAGAGGCAACUGCGCAGCGCUUGGCCGCAGAACCUAGCCCAAGAGCCGCGCAACUUCUUUGUUUGUCAUACAGCCUUUCUUCAAAUGCAAGUUCAAUGGCAGACAGGUGUGCGACUUCCCAUUGUCAGGUAUUUAGCCAUACAAACUGCUCAAUGGAAAUGGCAUCCACGCCACGAGGCGGUAUUGGUCAUCCAGCAGCUGCCACACCGGCCCUUCUUCUUGCCCCUCCUGAAAAGAUUUCAGGAGGUCAAUCGGUUGAGCCUGCAGAUGAUUGGUUUAGAGGAGGUGCCGUCCUGGAAGGCUCACCGUCCAGAUCGGUACAAGAGAUUAGCAGAGUAUCACGCGGCUGUGGUCUUCCCUUAUGAUGUGCACUUUAUGAAACUCUUGGAGCUCUACAGUAUGGGUGUGCCGAUUUUUCUGCCUGCUGACUUCUUCAUGUGGUCUUUCUCUUGGACUAUUGCAGACCCUGCCGUCAUGGAGCCUUCACUGGCCCAAAGUGAUUCACUGCCACCUUUUUGUGCCACAAAAGGCUUGCGACAUUUGGCACCCGACAGGUGUCUCGAGCUGGCUGCCUAUUCCGACCUGGUGUUGUCACAACAGCUGAGGGCCGUUUGCCGAGUGCCACGACUACGCCGGAUGCUUCGAAAACGACGUGAGAUGGCUCUCAAAGCAGAGGACAGGUAUGCCGACAGAGAAGAUGCCCUGAACUUCAGCGGCUCACGCCUGAGGCGCUAUCGCCGCUCCCGGGAGCUCUGGGACCAGGUCGUCGCCGUAGCCGCUGCAGAAGGAUUGGUCGCGUCGGUGGUCGACCCAAAGGCAGCUCAGGUGGCCACGGGUGGCAACCAGACUGUCACAAACCAACCAUGGGAUGCGCACUUGGAAGAUCCCAGUCUUCAGACAGGCUACACCUUUGUGCCUGAGAUGACGUCAGAUGAAAGGCGUUCUGCAUUGAAGCUUUGUGGGCCUAGCGUAUCCGCCUUUAUGGAAAGGUGCGAAUUCAUAAGUCUUGGAUGCUAUUGCGCUCCUUCCUAUGCCAUGCAGCUUCUCAACCUUCGGAAGAACUCCUAUCCCUUCGACUGGACUCGCAGCUCGCUUGAAGGGGUUUUGCACUGCAUGGACAUGAGGUUCGAGGAUUUCCUCACCUAUUCCACGUACAACAUGGUGGAUCAACACGUGGUCUUUGGCGGCACUCGUUGGGGCGGAUCCUUCUGGCAUCACAACCUGGAAGCCCCGAUGACACUUCAGGACAUGACCAGGCGGAUCCAUCGCUUCCUGGGCACGGGCGAUGUGUCGCCCAAGGUGCCACGCGUCUUCGUGCGGAUUAUCAACUCCACCCGCGAGAUCGGCUUCACGGAGGAGGAGUUCCGGCAACAGCCAGCACCCAAUCGUCAUCCACUCUCAGUCAGCGGAGCGCGAUGUGCGGAUGCCAUCGUUGGGAGCUUAGCCAACCGACAGAAUGCCUUCGGUGACUGUGGAGCCAUGAUGGAGCGCCUGCUUUCGGUGACGCAGCAGCAGGCCUUUGUAUUGCCCAUCGGAGUGGACGCAUCAAAGCCAUUCCCAGUACAGUGCUUCGGGCGAUAUCUUCAGGUGCAUUUGCCACCCUUUGCCCACCAGGGGUUGGUGGUUCAGCUUUUUCUGAAUAGUGGACAGCUGAGUGGUGUGAUCUCUUCUCUCUAUGAGGGUCAGUUGGUCACACUGGCGCAGGUGCAAGUGGAGGAUCAAAUCCAAGACACAAAGAUGGAAGAGACUUGA